CAGCAGCAGCAGCAGCAGCAACAAGAAGGACUAGAGCCGUUCCCCGAGCUCGACCUCAAUCCGCUGGGGAUCCAAGAUCCGUCCGGGUCGAUGUGUUACGAGAACCUCGGGCACACUGGCGGCAUGCAGCCGGUCGAGCAGCAGUAUGCUAGCCACCCGGGCUCGGUGUCGCCGUACGGGCACUCGCCGCACCCGGGGCAUAACGGCGGCGGCUUUUACAACGCUUGAAUGUGAAAAAUAAAUAAAAAGUUCUUUGACCUAGAUACCUGUUAGGUAUCUAGGUAUCUACGUUUUCUCUUAUGCGAUCUCAUGCGAUCUUACGCUAUGUUUGCGAUUCCCUUUUUAUUGGCAGAUAUUAUACCCAUAGGUACUCCUUCUCACCCCCACACCGAGCUGGAGUUUGCAGGAUGGCUCCCCACUGUUUCUCGAUAUGAUUUUUCUUUUUCUUUUCUUUGCUUUUCCUUUUUUAACCACUUACGAUAUCCCGUGGCGUUAUUUGGGUAUGACGGAGAUUUUUCAAUCUAUUCCAAACUUUUUUUUCAUUCGAUUUUCUUUUUUUUCUCCUUGCUACGUUUCGUUUCUAGAUCUUACCCAUGCUACGUUCAGCCACAAUACGUAACUUGCUUGACGUCAGGUGUCUCUCCUACAUCAAGUAUCAAGUAUCAAGUAUCACGGGCACAAGUCUUCUUUUUUUUUUUCUUCCUUUCUUUCCCGCAACGUUAUCUUUGGGGGGAUGGGAGGCUAUAUAUGUCUGGUGGCAAUGAAUGACUUUAAAGGGGUUCUUUCUUUCUCUAUGCUAUGAAUGCCCUUCGAGGUAAGGGGAUAUGACUGGAUUAGAUACACAAAUCAACCUCCUCUCUAAGGGGGGCUUGAAAAAGAAGCAUCAAAUGUAACGACAGGCAAAUGAACACAAAACACACAGACACACGCACGCAUGUACGCACGUAUGCAAAUAAAGAAACGAACAUCUCUGAGCUAUGCUUGGUUUGGUGGGAGGGAAGGAGGAGGAAAGGCGUCUUUUCUGUUUCGGUCGGUAGUUAUUAUCAAUCAUCUGUUUCGAGUCGGGGUUUCGAGGGUGGUUCCGGCUUUGCUUUCUUCUAGACUACCUACGGACGGUUAUAUAUCUCAAUAGACCUCUCUCGCUUGCUUGUUUA